AUGCUCGACUUUAUUGAUAUUUAGCAAUUUAGGAAGAACAGUAAGAAGAAUAAAAGAGUUAAAAAUUAAAAUAUCAAAAAUCUCAUCUGUCAAGUAACAAAUCUGUACAGUGUGAUUUCAUUUAAUUCAGCUACUUAUUAAUAGAGUGAUAUUUUUGAUGUGUAUAUAUAUGACAAAGAUGAGAAUAUUUUGUGUACAUGUGUAUAUUGCAGCGUAAAUUGUUUUAAAAGUCAAAUACUCUAUCGUAAAGUGGAUAAAAAUUUUACUUUGCUUCUUUGAAUCAUUGUUAUACAUUAAAAUAUUAUUCUAUAUAAACAUUGAGUUAUUUUUGAUUGUUUUGAAAACAAUUUGUGCAUCUAUAAUUCUACAAUUAAUGUCUUGUCAUGAAAAAGUGAUUGUAAAAAAAUACAUUCUUUAAAUUAAGCUUUUAAGAACAAGUUGAAUAGAAUAAAACAAUGGACACUGAAAAGUACAAAUACAGGACAUCUCUGCCUGCCGAGGGACAUUCAGAAGUAAAUCUUUGUUCUGUUUUGUCUUUGGGAAAAGAUUUAAGUAAAAUAACAAUGCCAGUAAUAUUCAAUGAACCGUUGUCGUUUCUUCAACGAGUAGCUGAGUACAUGGAAUAUUCAAAUUUACUAGAAAAGGCCUCUUUGGAACCAACAUCCAUUGGCAGACUGCAGUAUGUAGCUGCAUUUGCAGUAAGUGCAUUGGCUUCCAACUGGAAUCGAUUGGGAAAGCCGUUUAAUCCAUUACUGGGUGAAACAUAUGAAUUACAGCAUGAUGAUUUUCGAAUAUUAUGUGAACAAGUUUCACAUCAUCCCCCAAUUUCCGCUUUUCAUGCGGAAAGUGAAAACUUUACAUUCCAUGGAAGUAUAAAUCCCAAAUUAAAAUUUUGUGGCAAAUCUGUAGAGAUACAUCCAAAAGGCAUAUUAACAGUUAAAUUGUUAAAGUGGAAUGAGACAUAUACCUGGCAAAAUGUUAACUGUAUUCUUCAUAAUGUUUUGGUUGGACAAAUAUGGAUGGAACAAUUGGGUGCCUUGGAAAUAAAACAAAAUGGAGAAAAAAUGUUAACAGCCAUUUUAAACUUUAAAACUGCUGGCACAAAUGGAAAAGAUCUUCACAGAGUAGAUGGAUUCAUAACAGACGAAAAUAAAAGGAAAUUGCUUUAUUUGUAUGGCAAGUGGACUGAAGGAUUACGAUCUUGUGAUCCGUUGUCAUAUGAAGAUGCACAUGAAAAAUUAAGAAGAGAAACGAAAAGUCCUUUAGGAAAUUCAGGACAUAAAAGGAUGUUGGCGAAAUUGCAUAGCUUAAAAGUGGGAGCAUUUAAGCCAGUGCAUCAGGAUGCUGUUGAUGAUUCUUCAAGUUUUGAAGGCGAUGAAAAUUCAUCGUUUCUAGACGAAAUACCAGAAUCGACAACUUUAUGGGAGGCAACCGCAAGACCUGCUAAUAGCCCAGAUUUUUAUCAAUUCACAACAUUCGCAAUGUCUUUAAAUGAGAUGGUACCAGGAAUGGAAAAAUAUCUUUGUCCAACUGACUCAAGACUGAGAAUAGAUAUUCGUAAAUUAGAAUUUGGGGAUCGAAGUGGUGCAGCAGUGGAAAAAGCGAGACUCGAAGAAAAACAACGUGAUUCUAAAAAAUUAAGAAAACAGAAAAAAUGCCCAGAUUGGUCUCCAAGAUGGUUUCGCACUGAAAUGAAUCCCUACACUAAUCAAGAAGAUUGGAUAUUUCUUGGAAAUUACUGGGAUCGAAAAUAUUCAGAAAUUGAAAAUAUUUUCUAAAGAUAUAUCAUUCGUAUUUUGAAAGAGAGCAAGUUUCACAGUAUAAAUAGGUACAUACUAUGAUACUUUAAUUUACUUUUUGUAGCCAAUUUAUGUUAAAUUAAUAUUAUUCCAAGCAAUUUAUUCCAUCUUUUUCAAAGUGCGCAAUAAAUGUCAGACUAUUUUAUUGAUUGAAUGGUUAAAUAUUAUGUGUACAUAUAUGUAGAUUUAACUCUUUGAGUUAAAUUAAAUGAAUAGAAAAAUCUUAAAAAACUGUCAUUUAAUUCAAAUCUGAAAUAUUUAGACUUUGAAAAAAUAAGAAUAAUAAAUGUUCGUUCUAAAUAUAUUUAUAAAAAAAUUCUGUACUCUAAAAAUAAAGUGCAAUACGCUGUAGAAUUAUUUAUUCAGUAUCUGAAUGUUUUCCUAAUAAUUAUAUAUUUGUACAUUUUCGAAACUGAAAAAUAAUUCUAAAACAGCGACAUGAAAGAAAUAAAUAAACACAGAUAUAUGUAAA